AUCUUAUAUCGCUUUUUGAAGAUAGCAUCUAGGCCUAGAGACUACCCACCAGGCCCACCAACACUUCCGCUCAUUGGCAACUUGCACCAAAUUCCAAACAACAACAUUCACUUACAAUAUCAGAAAUGGGCAAAACAAUAUGGGCCAAUAUUCUCCUUGAAAUUAGGACAGUCAACGACUAUCGUUCUGGCCGAUGGCCAGGUAAUUCAUGAUCUUGUUGACCUACGAGGAUCCAACUACGCAGACAGACCUAAGCUAUGGGUUCGCGAAUUGAAAUACCUUCCUUACCAAGAAUUGAAAACACUCCAGUUGCUGACCCAGAUAGAAGAUGACCCGGAAACCUUUGUUCUCCAUGUGGGCCGAAUGACGGGAAGCAUGGCUACAAGUAUCGCAUAUGGGUUUCGUUUGCCCAACACGACGGAUCUUUUAACCCACGAGAUGCUAGAAAACUCACCUGGGUUCUUUCAGUGUGUCGUCAAGUCCCAGAUCCUGGACUGGUAUCCUUCAUUGAAGCCGUUCGUGAACCUAAUACCUCGCGUAAUGAAUCCAUGGGCGAAAGAAGCUUUAGCUACAUACGAGGACGAGAAAAGGGUGGUUGAGAGAGCAUAUGAAAGAGGCAUUCAGGGCCGACUUCCAUGUUUUGCCACCGACAUAGAGGCUUCAAAAUCAAAAUCGAGAAUCUUGACUGACCAUGCGGCUGUCUACAUUGCAGGCAUAGCAUUUGAAGAAGGGGCGGAUACUACUCGGCACACUCUUCAGGGGCUUUUCAAAGCUAUGGCUUUGUUUCCAGAGACCCAGAAAACAGCUCAAGUUGAGCUUGAUAAGGUAGUUGGGCCCUCAACGUUACCAUCUGGUGACCAUCUCACAUCUCUGAAAUAUAUCCGUUGCACAGCCAAGGAACUUGUGAGGUGGAUGCCUAAUGCAAUCAAUGGAGCUAUACUGCAUGCAGCUGUCGCAGAAGACAAAUACUGUGGUUAUCGUAUCCCUUCUGGAGCCGCGGUUGUACUCGCUGUCUGGUCAGCGAGUCAUGAUUCUCAGGACUUUGAUGACCCCAGGACCUUCCGCCCAGAAAGACAGGAUCCAGAGACGAGCUUACUCGAGGCUUCGAAUGCCCCCUCGCCCAAGAGUCGGGGGUUCUAUGGAUUUGGUUCUGGUCGCCGCAUUUGCCCAGGGAUGCAUGUCGCGGAAAACACACUCCUGCUCGCGAUAGCACGUAUCCUGUGGACAUUCGAUAUCAGCAAAGCGAAAGAUAGUAGUGGUAACGUGAUUGAGACUGAUCGAGAUGCUAUGGUAGGAGGACUAGCAGCUAAGCCAGCGCCUUUCAAGGGCAAGAUUGUGCCACGUAGUGCUGAACGUAUGGCUAUAAUCGAUAAAGAGUGGGAAAACCUAGCAGCGGAUUGUCUAGAUGCAGAUGGAAAUUACAAGCAAAGUAUGUUUAACAAGCUCUGA